AUGGGUAGCCGCCCACCCAAGAGCGGAAACCUCCGGCACAGCGAACCGGAAUCUCGGUAUUGCAGGUACAGAAUCUCUGCAUUUGUUUACCGUGGACAUGUAUCAACGGCGCCACCGGGCCACAUCAACGGCAACGACACCAGCACCCUCCCAGGCCUGGACGCCUCCAAGCUGACCAUCACCCGGGCCGACCCCACGGCCCGCGCCGUCCCGGACGAAGUAGCCGCCUGCUCCGGCAACGAGACCAUCUGCACCGACCACAUGAUCACCGUCAGCUGGAACGCGGCCACGGGCUGGGCCGCGCCGGAACUCAAGCCCUACGGCCCGCUCUCCCUCAUGCCGACGGCCUCGGUCCUGCACUACGCCACGGAAUGCUUCGAAGGGCUCAAAGCCUACCGCGGCCACGACGGCGGGCUCCGCCUCUUCCGCCCGGACCUCAACGCCAAGCGCAUGCUGAUGUCGAGCCUCCGCAUCUCCCUCCCGGGCUUCUCCCCCGCCGAGCUCGAGAAGCUCAUCCUCGCCCUCAUGGCCGUCGACGGGCCCAAGUGGCUGCCGCGCGACCGGCCCGGCUCCUACCUGUACCUGCGCCCGGCCGUCAUCGGCACCCAGCCCCAGCUCGGUGUCCAGGCCUCCAAGGAGGCCCUGCUCUUCAUCACGGCGUCGUUUAUGCCGCGCAUGGAUGCCCCCGCGGGCGGGAUGCGGCUGCACACCAACCCGGAGGACAUGAUCCGCGCGUGGGUGGGCGGGUUUGGGUACGCCAAGGUCGGGGCCAACUAUGGGCCGAGUCUGUUGGCCACGAACGAGGCGCGCUCGCGCGGGUUUGGGCAGAUCCUGUGGUUGUAUGGGCCCGAGGGGUAUUGUACCGAGGCGGGCGCGAGUAACUUUUUUGUGGUGUGGCGUACGAAGGAGGGCGGGUUGGAGAUGGUCACGGCGCCGUUGGAUGACAAGUUGAUUCUGGAUGGUGUGACACGGCGAAGUGUGGUGGAGCUGGCGCGCGAGCGGUUGAAGGGCGAGGUGGACGUGGUGGAGCGGAAGUAUACCAUUGAUGAGGUGAUUGAGGCGGAUAAGGAGGGCAGACUGGUCGAGUCGUUUGCGGCUGGGACAGCGUUCUUCAUCUGCCCCGUCUCGCAAAUCCGCCACCGCGAGCACGACAUCCACAUCCCCAUGGCCAAGGGCGAGAGCGGCCAGUACACGGCCAAGAUCAAGGGCUGGAUGACCGACAUCAUGUACGGCAACGAGCAGCACCCCUGGGGCGUCGUCGUCGAGGAGAAGCAGUAA